CUAAAAGAAAUUUUUGUGAAGCCAAACACAAACGUCACAAGCUGACUAGAGAGCUCGCGGACAGCAGAUUCGCAUCGUGCUGGCCGACAUCAAACACCUGUCGGACGAGCACAUCGUUAGACAGCCCGCAGCAAAAGUUGCCAGCUACCCGCAAAGUUGCCAGCAACAAUAACCCCGCGGCGGGUCGCGGCUAGGCGGCCUAGCUCUAAGCAAAGCAAAUUAAAAAAAAUGGCCUCCUACACGCAAGUCACACCGGAGGAGGAAGUAGCAGGCUUGAUGUCCGCCUCCGAGCGCCGCCGGCGCUUCAUCGCGGCCGAGGCCGAGAAGGAGAACGCAAUAAAAGCAAGAGCCGUCAACGCCCUCGCGGAGGACGAAGCGCUCGCGGCGCGCCUGCAGGACGCCGAGAACUCCGCAGCGAGCGAGCCGGUGGCCUUCAACGCGCACAGCGACACUCUGACAGAGGAGGCGCUCGCGCGCCUCGCGGCCGAGGACAAGUCGGCGCAGGACGCGGCGCUGGCGCGGCGGCUCUCGGGCGCCGACGACCCGGACGCGGCGCUCGCGCGGCGGCUGCAGGCCGCGGAGGUCGUGCCCACGGCGGCGGCCGUCGAGGUCGACCCGGCGCUUGUCCGACAGGUCGCGGGCCGCAUCGAGCGGCUGACCGUGAGCCACCAGGAGCGCGAACGCGCGGACGCGGCGCUGGCCCUGCGGCUCCAGAACGCCGAGCUCACGCAGGGGUCCGCCGUGCCCGAGGAGAAGGACGACGACGCCGCGAUGGCCGCGCGCCUGCAGCGGGACGAAGCUAUAGCGUACCGCGACGCGCGGCGCCGCCUGGACGCCUGGACGCCUGGCGAGACCCGGACGCCCGUCGCGAGACCGGCCCGGUCGCGGGCCGCGGUGCGCGCGGACAUCGCGAGCAUCUACGCCGUGCACAACCCCGAGAAGCUCGACAACAUCGACGCGUUCCUGGACGAGGCGGGCCCCGGCAACGAGGAGGUCCUCCUCGAGGCGAUCCAGGACAAGUACGGCGUGCCGCGGUCGUAGUAGUGUGUGCUAAGAGAC